CAUGAAUCACUACGAGAAAAUUAAAUCCCGGUUGCAAGUGAGGUUAUGUAUACCCAACCUCAAUAAACUCAUUUCCUUUCUAAAAAUACCUAGUUGAUCAAUGAUUUAAUUGGUAAACUUCCAAUUAUGUGAAAAGACUGAAAUUUGUAAGAUCGACUAUGGCUGUAUUAGGUGCACAAUUAGUCAUUACACUUGUAAUGAUAAGUGUAAUACAAAAAUUAGGACCUCAUUUUUCACUAGGAAGAUGGCUUUUAUGUUCUACUGGACUAAUUAGAUACUUGUACCCCACAGAUUCCGAGCUGAAGCAAUUAGCUAAUAUAAAAAAAGAAAAACCAAAACCUAGAAAGAAUAAAUUGCAAACCAAUGGUAAAGUGUAUGGUGAUACUUUUCACAUACCUCGAAAUUUAGAUGUCCAGUUAGAAACUGCAAAAGUCACACAUUUGGAUGUUGUACACUUACGAUAUUUUACUGAAUAUCAAUGGCUAGUAGAUUUUGCUCUCUAUACAUUAAUAGUUUAUUCUCUUACAGAGGUGUAUCAGAAUUGGUUUCCUUUAAAAAAUGAAAUCAACUUGAGUAUGCUAUGGUGCGGAGUAGUUAUCCUUUUUUCAUUUAAAUUGUUGAUGUCCCUUACCAUACAGUAUUUUAAAGGAGAGGAGUCUGUAGGUGAAAGAUCAACAUGUAUUGUAAUGGGAUUUACUUAUCUCCUAAUUUCCAUGAUAAUUUUAAUAGUAGAUGAGAAAAAUUUGGAGCUUGGAUUAGAAAAUGCUUAUAAGAGUUUUAAUGAAACGGCUUCUUCUUUUCUCAGUAGUCAAGGAUUGAGUUCAACAGGACCAGCUUCGAAAAUUGUGUUGAAAUUUUUCCUUGCUUUAUGGUGUGGAAUAUUAGGAGCUGUCCUCACUUUUCCGGGGCUUAGGAUUGCUAAGAUGCAUUGGGAUUUACUGAAAUAUUUUAGAGAGAGUAAAACAAUUCAGAUUUUAUUAAAUUUAAGUUUUGCUAUGCCUUUUCUUCUUGUCGUGUUAUGGAUCAAACCAGUUGCAAGAGAUUAUUUGACUGUUCGAGUUUUUUCAGGAAGAGAAAAACCAUUGUUGACUGAUGAAGCGUUUGAUACUUUUCGUGUUUUGGCUAUUGUAAUAGCUAUGUGCAUAAAAAUAAUACUUAUGCCUUGGUACCUUCAAGCCUAUUUAGAUAUGGCAUAUCAUAGGACUGAGGAGCAGAAAAAAGAAGCUGGAAGAAUCACAAAUAUCGAUUAUCAGAAAAAGAUUAGUGCUGUUUUUUACUAUUUAUGUGUAGUAACAGUACAGUAUGUAUCACCAAUUAUUAUGGUGUUGUUUUUCACUUUCAUGUAUAAAACUCUUGGAGAGUAUAAAUGGUUAGGGAUUUUGGAUACAGGAGAAUGCUCCCUCAAUGAUGCUCCUCUAAACAAAAUCAUGGAAUCUUUAGGUACUCCAAGUACCCAAGGGGGAACACUUGCAGAUACUGCUGCUGAUGUUCAUUUAGCUAUUGAAAAUCUCAAAUCGGUGUUUACUGUUGAUGUGUUCAGAGGUCUUUUUGGCUUUUCAACAUGGUGGUGUUGUUUUGUGUAUUUUGCUUCUACUUCAGUUGGUUUAGUUUACCAAUCUUAUUUCUCUGGAAUAUGAACUUCCUAUAUUCCUUUAUUUACUCUGAGAGUAAUAUUAUUUUGUACAUGAAUUCAUUUUAUGUAAUUCAAAAAUGGAAUGAACAUUUUAUUUAUUAAAAGAAAAUAGUCAUAACAAAUUUGAUGUCAUAUUCUUGAAUAAACAAGAAAUUUGAUUUGAUCAGUUGAAUAAUGAACGUUUCAAUAACAUGAUUUAUUACAGAAAAGUAGAUUUAUUAUUAUAUUGGAAUAUCAUAUGUGUGGAAUGUUAGAUUUUAGAGAAUGGAAUGUUUUCAAGGUUUCUCCAAUAAAAAAUUUUGUUCAAAUAAGAUUCCUUAUAAACAUAUAGUUUGAACUGCAAAAUUAACAGAAGAUAAUACAAUGAUACUAUAUGCAAAUAAUAAUUUAUUUUUAUUUCACUUCUAUAAAGGUAUAUUAUAGAGAGGACUCCAAUUUUCAGAAAUAUAAGUUCAUUAACUUUUGUAGGAAGUUUUUCUUCCUCUAAUGACCAUUUGAUUUGUUUCCAUAUUUUGUUUUAUUCAAUAAAAUAAUUGAAUGUUA